CGUUCUGGAUCAGACUGCGGAAAAUGUGCAUUGGGGAUCUUAUUUAGAAUCUAAUAUUUAUUACUAAUUACUAGAUCUUAACCUGGAUCUAUCGUUUUUAAAAACAGAUGUCUUUUUGGAAAAUUUAUUCUACAAGAAGAUUAUUAAGUCGGCUGUCUAGUUAUAGUGACUCAAGUUUUGACACAAUACAAAUUCCAUUGCAACAGCAUGCAAAUCGCCAUUCUAUGACUUUCAUUGCAAAUGAAUUUCAUAAGCCUAGGAUUGCUUCGCUAGUGAUUUUGUGUCGCAAUUUUAAUUACUAUAGAUCUAGAUAUAAUUAUAGAAAUAAGCCGAACCAUCAUUUUGUUUUCAAACCGUUUAAUGCUACAGCUGAUACCUUUCAUUCUGCUUUAUUUCAAUGUCUGAACAAAAAUGUUCAUAACAGCAAAUUUAAAAGAGUAAAUCUGGAAGCAAACAAUACCAGAAGUGCUAAUAAUAAUACUGCAGUAACACAUGAAUCACAACCAGCAACAAUGGCAAGACACGGCAAAGGCAAGUUAAAACAAAAUAAAUCAGAACCAGAUGAAGAUAAACAAAACAAAGAUAAAAAUAUCUCUGUCACAUCUCAGAAGCCUAAGCUGAAGGGUAUCAAUAAAUUUCAACAGCUAUUGAAAGUACCAACUAAAAUCAAUGUUGUUGUUAUUGGCACAGGAGGACCAGGCAAUUCCAAAUCAAUUCUCAUCACAACAGAAUAUUCUAGAUACUUGUUCAACUGUGGGGAGGGAACUCAAAGACACAGCGGAAUGAAUAAGGAGUUAAGAUCUACAGCAUUUGCUAAACUCGCUGGUCUGGAAACCAUAUUUUUUACUUACAAAAGUUGGGAAAAUACUGGAGGAUUAAUGGGUAUGACUAUGACCUUGGAAGGUCAAAAGAAUCCUGCUGAAAAAAAUUAUAAAUUGCGAGGGCAAAAUCCAAGUGUGAAACUAGAUACCAAUCCUCACAUUACCAUUUAUGGUCCUCCUGAUGUGGAAAAAAUUACCUCAAUGGCAAAAAAAUUUGCACAUUCGACAAACUUAAAUAUAGUGAAAGGCGACGGAGUUUAUGAAGAUUUUUGUCUUACUAUUACACCAGUCCCAUUUUACGCUGAUCUAUUAACAUCAGAAGAAGACAAAAAUGAUUUAAGGUCUCCCAGACCUGCUAAAAGAGUAAAAACUGAUUCUACCUAUACCAGUAAAAGCAGGGAUGUUGCCUAUGCAUACAUUAUUAAGGCAAAACCUCUGUCACCAAAAAUUAAUGUUGAGAAGUGUCUGGAUGCUGGUAUCACUAUUGGCCCAAUGGUGGGUAAACUACAGAGAGGGGAAUCUGUUGUGUUAGAAGAUGGCAGAGUUGUGCGCCCUGAACAAGUAACCGAUAAUAUGAUGUGUGAUGACCGACCAUUUCUCAUACUAGAAUGUCCAAGAAAGGAGUUUAUUGAUUCAUUGUCUGCUUGUUCUGAGCUUGAGGGGUAUCUAAGAGAAAAUACAGACCAAGCAUUUUCACUGGUGGUGCAUAUGUCACCUCUCAAUGUGUAUAACAGCGAGGAAUAUCAGUCAUGGAUGAAUAGGUUACAUAAGAGCACUGACCAUCUGGUGAUGAACAAAGAUUCUCCCGAGGCUGCGGUGACCAGGGUGUUGGCUCAUCAGGCCAGGCUGAACUUGGUUGAUACGGAAAUCUUUCCUUUGUUACCAGUGAGUGACACUCCUGCUAGUCUAGAGACUCUGAGAGUCAGCAGGGCUUUACUGGACACACAGUCAGAAUCAAACACCUCUAGCGCAGCAUCUAAGGAGGUGGAGGCUAAAGAGAAUAUUUAUUUAAAAAAGAAAGGAGAAGUGAUGUUGGCUUCGUCUGGUCUUGUUUAUGUAUGCAGAGGAAAGGAGCUGGGAUUCCACAUGGACAUAGCAGAGUUUAGUAUAGAAAAAGAACAGAAGUACUGCUUAGAUAAUCCAGAUAUAUCAGCAAAGCUUACUGUGUUAAAGAAAUCAAGCCUGUUGAAAUCUCAAGAUUUGGAUAAUGAUCAGGACAACUUAACCAGCUAUCCAAAGGUUGUAUUUUUAGGCACAGGAUCUUCAGAACCCAACAGAAUUAGAGCACAGUCAUGCAUUUUAGUUCAGUUAAGCAAAAGUACUAUUAUUAUAUUGGACUGUGGUGAAGAUUCUUAUGGCCAACUGUUUCGUUUUUAUGGCAAAGCAAAAGUUAAAAGAAUUCUCAGAAAAACCAAGGCAAUAUUUGUAUCACAUAUGCAUGCUGAUCAUCAUUUGGGUCUUUUCUCAUUAGUAAAAGAGAGAAAGCUUGCCUUUGAUGAAAAAGAAAUACCUUUUGUUCCUGUUUUACUGAUUUCCCCAAUACAAAUGAAGAGGUGGUUGAAGUUCUACCACACAGAGCAGGAGCCUAUCAUAUCACUUUUUAGGUUUGUAAAAAUACAACAAGGUUUUCAAGAUUGUGAUACAUUUUCUGUCUUAACAGCCACCAUGGAUGAUGUUAAAAAAGAACUGGAUUUUACUGAGUUCACCCCCAUUGCAGUUGAUCAUAUCAUCAAUGCAUAUGGAGUAGCUUUCAGGCAUGCCAAUGGAUACAAGUUAGUAUACUCUGGAGAUACACGGCCAUGCAAGGCUUUGAUUGAAGCAGGAGCAAAUUGUGAUCUGCUCAUCCAUGAAGCCACUCAUGAGGACAAUUUAUUGCCACAGGCUCUAUCUAGCAAACACAGCACAUUUUCAGAAGCUAUUGAUGUUGGUAAACAGAUGAUGGCAAAACACAUCAUUCUAACACACUUCAGUCAACGUUACCCACAUAUGGUUCCGCUUUUUGAUCUUACAUUACCAGAAAAUGUUGGAUUAGCAUUUGAUAACAUGCAGGUCUGUCCUAGAACAUUAGGACGCCUGCCAAAAGCUAUUCCAGCUCUAGAAGAGAUUUUUAGUGAUGAACUCCAAAAGUUAGUGAUUAAAAAUUUAAAACGGCUCAGAGAAAAGACAGAAGCUGAAAAUGAUGAAAUUUUAGAAAGCAGAAGUUAA